GAGAAGACGCAGGAGUAGGUGGUUUCUGAGGCAGACUUGUUUUGCCGGUGAAAGGGAAUUAGUGAAGUGGCCCCUCCCUUCCCCACGGUGGUGUCAACACCUCUAAUUUUUUGUUUUUCCCUCAAGUCACUGAUGUUUCUCUUCCCUAGAGCAGUUCAAUGGGUAGGAACGUAGCGAGGGCAUUGGCAGCUUUUGCCUCUGCAUCAUCCAGCCCUGCUGAGAGGCACUUGACACAUAACAGUGGUAAAAAUGCUGGCAGAGGUACGGCCCUGCUCACGCUGGCUCUGCUAUUGCUCCUGCCGCCAGACAGAGGGAAACUGUACACCUCGGAGUCUGGGGUUAGAGAAGUCAAAGAGAUUGUGAAUCCUCAGAGGUGCAUGUGUUGCCACUGGCUGGCUUUCCAGCGACAGGGGCUUGAGCUGCUCUCUGACAAGGCAGCAAAUCCGGAGCUGCCAUGCUGGAGAUUGCGCUGAUAGGCUCUGUGCAAUCAGGCUCGUUGAGUUGCUGCAGCUCUUCUGUGCGCCAAGUGGUAUUUCUCUUUUGGAUGGCUGUGGUGUUAAACGCUUCAGCAAUAGAGGCUUUGUUGUGGUCUCUGCAGCAUUGCUUUUGCCUUGGCUAGCAGCAGUCUUUUUGUUGAAUUAAUGCUUUCCCCGGAGUUGGCUUUAGGAGCAUGUGUGGGCAUGCGUGUGUGCGCCUUUACUUGUGCAUGUCCAUUGAACACCGCUGUGAACAGGCUCUUCUGGUAGGCGCAGCGCUUGCCCAAACUGGUCGUUCGUGUGUGCCAGAACAAUGAGCUUUUCCUCACUUUUGGGAAUGCUGGCCACUGUUGUGGGCUUUUAAAAAUGCUUGAGUGAAAUUAAUAGCCAUUUGCCAGUUACAGUCAGAAACCAGCGUGAAUUUACCCCAAUCCUGUAUUUAGUUUCAGGACAURUCAGCAUUCGCUGCAUCAAAGGAAAGACCAAGCCAUAUGGAUCCUGACCAGUCAGUGCUGCAGUGGGGUUACAACUGGCCAGGCAGUUUCCUCCUCAUCAUGCUGCAGGGACUGGCUCACAUGCACCAGUGUACUGUGUAAUGCAUGAGUGAAGGUCAUACAUUGACCUGUUCCUUUGGAGCUUUGUAAUUUAUUUCCUUUGACACAGGUAUCCUGGUUAGUUCCCCCUAAGUUUUGGGGCGAUGAGUUCAGUCCUGCUACAGGYUGGUAAUAGCAACUCCGCAGCUUUUCCUCAUCUUCCCCCCAUUUAUGUCUCCAGGGUUAAAACUCAGUUCAGAAUCCCCAGACCAAAUUGAAUUAGAAUUUAACAUUCAAAGAUUCAGGCUCCCUUUAGGCUCUAAGGAACAGAAUGUCAUCCUGUCUCACAGUUAAUAGCUGCUGGGUAGUCGUUUCAAAGCCAUUUCUUUUCAGUGAGCUCUACCAUAGCAAAUCCCAGCAGUGAAUGUAUUCCUGGCCUGGCUGUGCCUUUAAUCCCACAGCUGAGUUUUACGUGUGAUCUUUCUUGAAACGCUAGAUUUUUUUUUUUAUUAUUCCAGACAGUGAUAUUUCUAGGACUUGGCAUUUCGAGUGGCAAGUGUUGUUUAUAGGAARAAAACAGAAAGGACAGAUGGACGAUGUUGACCUAACAGCCCUACAAACCUACCGCACUUAAUCCACUUAUCACUCUGAAUUCCUGAAGCAGAUAAAUGCUGAUAACAGUUAAAACACAUCACUGGCAGGAGCAGCAUGUUCUGUCCUCCAGAAAUACAUCAGUGCUGGAAAUUGCAAAGCUGUGUGCUACCAUGGGGAUGAGCGUGAUAUAAGAGCAGAGGAAGCCCUCAUUGUUCAGCAAAGUUCUUCCACAGGAGGGUAGUGAGCCUCUGCUUCCUUCUAUCUCCCUGUCCCUCCCUGGUACCUUGAGAUACCGCUCAGGCCUGAGAAAUGCAUACAAACACUGUUGUGACCCCAGAGCCACAGCUGCCUGAUCUGUGCCUCGAUAUCUGAAAUAGCAAGWAGGCCCCAAGUGUCUUGUUACUGCUUUUGAUUGUCCUUGCUGCUCAGCAUUAAGACUUGUGAGGAGUGAUUUCCAGCUGAGACCAGCCUCSUGCAGCUCACAUCAGUGUGUCUUUGGGAGAGGAGUUGAUUUUGGCUAAUCUGAGCUAAACCUUCCCUGGAGGAGUGCAGCUGCUGUACCAGCCUUGCAGAGCCACACAAAGCCACUUGCUCCUCUCUCCAUCUGUCAGGGCUCUSAGCAAGGUACUGGAGCUGUCCCUGKGCUCAGGGGGCUGCAGUGGCCGCAGCUGCAUGCCUCUCCCUGUGUCAAGACCCCCUCCUCCUGGGGACCUGUCCCAGGMUGAGCAGGAGGGAAAAUGCUGUAAGCCAAAGGUUGUCUGGAAUAAACCUUGUUCCUACGAAGUCUGGAGGGAUAAAACAACUGAUAGUGCUUUUGAAUACRUGAAGUUUACAAGCUCAUCUGCUGMCUUAGGUCUUUCUCCACGUGGCCAUACCCCACCAGUCUGCAGCACAGUACCCCGUGUGAGUGGGCACCCUUGAAGUUGCAGCAAGUGUCACUAUGCAAUUGUCUUACAAGAAGUGAGAAAGGAGGAAGCUGCCUAGAGAGAAGUGAAGACCUCUCAGACAUGGGAGUUUUUAUGAGUCAGAUGCUGUUCAGCUGUUGCAUUGCAGAUGUCUUAGCUAAAAACAAGCUUUCGUUGAAAAUCAAAGACUCUUUGUGAGUAUAGGCGGCAGGAGCCUCCCACAAAACGUGGUUUUUCUUCUUCAAAGGGCUCUCCUCAGAUUUGCCUACAAUAGAUUACUUAAAGCUUGCCUGCAUUGCGAAGCUGAUUCAGAGCCAGCAUGGUGUAGAUCGAAAACAGCCCAGCUGUUUGGGGUGAAUUGCUGUCUGGUUGUCCUCACUUUGUGAAUAUGAGUGCCUUCCUCUGAAGGGACCUAGUGGAGAAGUUGGCUGUGGAGGGACAUUUUGUAGAGUCAGGGGUGCAGUAGAGCCAUUGCUCUGUACUGACUACUAAUGUGCAUACUGGUUUUCUGUGUUGAAGGCAAAACAGGUGGUUCCACCCUUGCGUUUUCAUGUCACUGGAAGGUGACAUGUCACUGGAAGGUGGUGAAGUUAGUUUUAAAUGCCUGCAAUAUUUUAUGGUCAUCAGGAGGCAAAGCUCUGUGUGUUAAAGUGCUUACAGUCUAAUCUUGGACACCUGCUGGUAGGUCUAACACCAUCAUUAUAGUACAGAGAAAUCAACCCACCCUGGUGUGGGGAGGAGUCUGACCAAAAAGCAGAAGAGCUUGCGUCUGCCCGGAACUGCUUGCCAAAUGCAGUGUGUGUGUACAUCYCCCCUGUCCCUUUGCAAACUGGAGGGGAUCAACCAGCUGCCUGGGCGUGAAAAUASCUGACAAACCCCCAUCUCCUUUGCCUUUUGGAUCUGUGUUUCGUUGCUUUCUUACAGCCUUUGACCCCCAUUAUGGCCUCUAAUCUAAAAGUCAUCUUCCUGUUUCCUUGGUUGCUUCAGUGUGGAGGGAGAAAUGUCGAUGUACAGCAGAAACCUCCAAUCAAAGUUGUCCUGCUCAAGGAAGGAAUAUCCAUCCCCUGUAAAGUCAUCUUCCCUUAUAUGCCAAAAUACACCAAAUUUUCAAUCUGCUAUUACUGGAUUAAUUCACUGGACCAGAAGACAUCUAUCUAUAAUAGGUCGGAAAAAGUAGUCAUUCCUUCUGGAGAAGAGAAUAAGACUGCUGCCUUAUAUUAUGAUCACAGAAUCAUGCUGCUUGAAAACACCUCUUCUACUGGCACGUACUACUGUGAGGUCAAAUGGAAUGAUAUCCAAAAAACGGGAAAGGGAGUGUUUGUCCUUGCUAGAGGUACAGGGUACAUAGAUACCUCUUACAGGUGGAAAAUCCUUGUUACCCUUACUGUUCUUCUUGCUGUAUUGAGCAUCACUGCAACAGCUCUGCUUCUGUGGAAAAGAAAGGUGUUGUGCCCUAGAAGGAACCAAAUAAAUAUCCUGAGACAGAAGGUGGAAACRCAGCUCCCUUCAGCCAGCCCACCACCACCACUUCCUGUCUAUGAUAGCCUGGAUGUGCAGCAAGUUGAUGUCUAUUCCAGCCUUGAGAACAACACAAACAACCUGUCACACAGCAAGAAUCCUCCUGGGAAGACACCUAAGAAGCAAGAAACGCUAGAAGAAUCCUCUGAUACAUUGUAUGAGAAUAUCUAACAGGGAAGAUAUCUGACCCUAUGUGGACAUCUUUCUGUAUGGCAGAGCUACUCUCUUACAUCCCAGAUGAGAUGCAGAUACAUGCAGAGAUCYACAGUGACUUCAGAGCACAACCAACGAGGGAAUUGUGAACCCCUGGCUCCUUCUAAACCGCCCUUCAUUAACAACAGAAUGUAUCUGUUAAAAUUCCUCGGGGCUCAGUCUGCAUUGAUGCAGCAAAGCUAUUUUGCAGCAAAGCUGUUUGAUGCAAAAGAAAAGCUGCUUUUGUCAAGCACUUAUCUUGGGAAUGGGCAAUCUGUGAAGGUUUCUCUCACCUGCCCCAGCUGAAAUACUUCACUCUGAUCCUCUGCAAGUGGUAGGACAAUCCAGAGUCUUCCCUGCUUGCUGGCUUGAUGRUCCAAUCCUGACCUGCAGCAGUCCAUCUGAUCCUGUGCUCAAAAUGGCCAUCAGGACUUCAUGCAUAGUUUAACCAGAUCCAGGCAUCCACCUGCCCAUUUUUCUUUUCUCAGGAACCCCACAGGAGACAUGCUUUCUCAUAAUCUGCUAAUCCCAUCAAGUAGUCACAGAUGCCUGCUGUGACCUUACAGUGCCUCCAAGUAAAUACUUCCCCUUCAGCAGUAUCAGCAGUGCGUGGUGAGGACAGAGAUAAAGGCGGAGAAAAAAAACACAGAGAAAAUAUCCCUUCCUGACAACGUCUCAGAGACAGUUGAUGCCUAUUCCAGGGAACAAAGAGGCUGGAACGUGAGGAAACUCCCUUGCUGGGGCUGCAUAAGCCAGGCAGGUCUGGGGCCAGGAUCCAGCUCACAGAAGUUCAAGCCAAGUUCCCAGGUUUCCUGUUCUUCUUGGCAAUGAGCAUUGUUAUCAGUUGGGAUUUUGAGCCUCUGUGGGAGCAGGCAUAGUACCUCUGCCCCACCAAAACCAAUAGGUUUGCCUUUGUUUCAGCUGGCCACUAUAAGAAGUAUAAAGCUCCUUUACCCGCUGCCCCCCCCCCCCCCCAUUAUUGGCCAGAGAGACCAGUUCUGAAACUUAAAACGACUGAAGGAAGGAGGAGGGAGGCCUUUAGAAGUUAAUUUUCUAUCCAAGUUCUCUCCCCUGUCAGCUGGAACUUGCCUACCAUUUGUGCUGAUGCAAAUUUUGGUUCUGGUAGGGAGGAAGUUACAAUAAAUAUCCAUAUAACAUGAUCAAACCAGUGGAUCAAAAAGCUGAGGCUGUUUUAUCUCAUAUUAGAAAACAACAAUGAAAUAACAACCAAACAAAACUAACCCAAAAUAAGAAUAUGCAGCAUAACUUGAGAAGAAUUGUAGUAACCUCUUUAAAGGAGAAGAUCAAAUUAAAAUUGAGCUYCAGGGUCAUAGGACCCUCUCUAGUUGAAGAUAAUGUUGCUAUGUAUCAGAGAUAGAGGCUAUGGAAAAUGUCUCCAGGGCCUCCAGCCUUCCUAUACUAUGGUCAAAGAGAUAAUCCGCUUAUUGCUUUGCUCUUUUUAUUAGAAGAGAUUUCAAACAUGCAAUUUGGACUUUCUUUAACCACGGAAAAAUGCUUUUUCUCUUCCCAGUGCUGAGGAAUUCAUUUCAGAAAGAGCAAUGAAUAGACAACAUGGCUUAUUAUACCAAUUUAUAAUUUGUUAAGUGAUCACAACAAUUAUAAAUAAAUAUUUUUGAAGUUAAAGGUUUUAGAUUUUACUAAUAUGACCAGGAAACAUUUGUGUUCACUGAAGAAUUUACAGAGGAUUGUACAGGUAUAACAAUUGCUUUCCUUAACAAAUUUGAAGAAAUGAUGAGAUGAAUUAUAAAUAUGUUGCAGUAUGUCAAUAAAAUAUUUAGCAGAUGCUGGUGGAUCAGAUGAAAAGUAAAAACUUUCAAAAUAAUGAUGCUUAGGUUUUGUGUUUUGUUUUUUAAAUUUUAUAAAUGCUAAAAAUACUGGGUGCUACUGGAAAUUUCCUUGCAGUGAAAGGAAAUGUCUUUGCAGUGAGUUGAAUUACCUUGUGCUUCUGUUUCCUUUUCAAGUAGCAUGUUUCUUAAAUUUAUUCCUGAACAAUUCUAUAGAUUAAAUAGCUGAAGCUAUGUAAAAUGAAACAUGAGAGAAAGAACAGUAUUUGGAAUGGAAAAUCUUAUUCUAGUACAGUCACUGCUARAGU